AUGGCCUCUGUGUCAGGCACCUUUGUGGGUCGAAGCAUACCAGUCGAAGUGGAUGAAUCCAUGCCGUGGUCCCCACUUCCCGAACAUGUCUUGGAAAAGGCUUUGCAGCGUUCUGGAGAGGAUAUGGAGGAUGAGGAGUCUCAGAGAUGGUGUGUUGCUCGAACGCUUCAGCCUGCGGCUGAUCCAUCAUGCCUCUGCAGAGCACCAGCAUGCCAUCAGUCAGCACCGUCCGUGGAGCCGGACAGCAGCCUGUGGUCAAAAUAUACUGAACCUGAUGGAGAUGGACGCUUACGUUCCCCCGGUGAAUCAAUAGCUGGAGUAGUUCCCUCCAAGCUGCAUCUUGUAGCUAUGGACAGACCAGGCGUGCAGCCAAGAUCACAGCUUUCAGCUGACACCGGGCACAACUCCAGUAAAUCAGAGCAGAGCUUGUCUGACGCUCCUGAGGACUCGCUGGAGGAGAGCAGCCAAGGGAGUUCACGGUCACGGCAACCCUCAGGAAACAGACCCCCAGCAGAGCUGGGGAUGGAGGACAUGGGGUACAACUCCCAGUCGCGAGACGUCAUGGGCAUCAGGCAGCUGGAGCCCCCCUUACCGCUGGUGUCUGUGCUGAACCCUCAGGACCUCCCAGGACCGCUAAUCUCCAGGGAGUUUUUUGGACCUGAGCAUCAGCAGUGCCCCAUGUGCCAGCACUUGCCCCAUCCCAACGUCUCCUCGCAAGCCCAUGGCUGCUUUGGGCAUCGCUGCCCGGCAGAGCAGCACCCCCAGGGCCCAUAUGGCAGAGCUCCUUACCAACAUUUUGCACAUACAUCGCAGCCGCUUCCUCCUGUUCCCAGACCUUGCAUGAGAGUCAUCCGCCCAGCCCAGCAAGUCAUCCCAAAUUACUCAAACCUUCGAGCUCCCAAGGGCACCGGAGACCGACCACCCCAGAGGACAUGCUCCUCCCCUGGUCCUCCUCGCUUCCCAAACCAGUUAUACAACCAGCUACCUAAUGGUCAGCUGCCCCCCAAGGCAUGUGGCCCGAAUGAAGCAUGCUGUUGUCCUGACAACUUUCCGUCUCCAGCUGCUGUCCCGAGACCUCUCAGUAACCCUGCAGCCAAGGGAACUCUGAGAACCAGCAAUUUGCCGGAGGAGUUGCGCAAGGUCUUUAUCACCUAUUCAGUGGACACAGCGGUGGAGGUUAUGAAAUUUGUGAACUUCCUGCUUGUAAAUGGAUUUCAGACUGCUAUUGAUAUAUUUGAGGACACGGUACGAGGUAUUGACAUCAUUAAGUGGAUGGAGCGCUACCUAGGUGAUAAGACAGUGAUGAUAAUCAUAGCAAUCAGUCCAAAAUACAAACAGGAUGUGGAAGGGGCUGAAUCCCAGCUGGACAGGGAUGAACACGGCUUACAUACUAAAUACAUCCACAGGAUGAUGCAGAUUGAGUUUAUACAACAAGGAAGUAUGAACUUCAGAUUCAUCCCUGUGCUCUUCCCAAAUGCCAAAAAGGAACACGUGCCUACCUGGCUGCAGAACACCCACAUUUAUAACUGGCCGAAGAAUAAGAAGAACAUCCUUCUGCGGUUGCUGCGGGAGGAGGAAUACGUUGCCCCUCCGAUAGGACCUUUACCGACACUCCAGGUUGUGCCGUUAUGAACGUUAUUACUUAGAGUGCACGACGACAGGCAGUCAUUGAGGGGUUGUUCCUGGCAGGGAGCCAGCGCUCUUCCAGAUGGCUCAUUUUGAUGACAGAAGACACUCUUUCUGCUACAGGAAUUAGUUGUCUUGGGUAACUCAGCCUCGGCUUGUUCUCUGCCGUGUUAAACAUCUAUUUCUGAAGCUGACGGGGCAGAACUCUUUUUCCUCUAGAUUUUUAAAUAAGCUGCAAAUGAAAAGAAUGCCUAGUUUUAUUUUAACAUCUGUUUUUAACAUAUUCCUUUAUUAGCCGAUACAGCAAACAGAGAGCAGAAAUAACGUUGC